GUAGCGGACUCUAAAAACUUUAAAAGGGCCAUCAACGAAGGCACAGGCCUAACGACUGACUACUUAUCUAUCUUCGGUUGGGACCUGAUGCACGAGAUGGUGGCAAUGCUCAACAUGACGAUCAACGUGACGAUCACGAACGACUGGGGGCGAGUGCCAACGGGUGUGGUGCCAGACAAGGGCCUCCUCGGGUUGCACGCACAUCACCAGAUAGAACUGGCUGGGACGGGCUUCAGCCAUAUCAUCGAGCCCGUGAGGCUCAAAUACCUGCACUUCACGAACUUCUACAGCCCGGCCGGUGGGGUGCUGGUGUUCCGGGCGCCGCCCCUGUCGUACGAGAACAACGUGUUUACGCUGCCCUUCCCGCUGUCGCUGUGGGAGACGUCGCUGGGCAUGGUGGGGCUGUGCACCCUGCUGCUCGUCGUCGUGAUGCACGCCGAGCGCAUCAACAUGCACCAGGGCCAGGGCGACCACGCGCUGCACUCGAGCAGCGACGCCCUCCUGCUCGCCAUCGCCGCCGUGUGCCAGCAGGGUGCGUCCCUGGUCUGUCCCAAAGGAUAAC